UCUAAGCUUGGCUUUGCCUGCAUCUGGUGGACGAUACCAUAUGACCCCGGUCUCGAAUAAUGAAACUAUCUCAAGCAUUUCCCAUCUUCAAUUGUCAAUGAUAUAUCUAGACAACUUUUAUCCGCGGUGUAAUGUACCCGCUAUCAUUCAUUAUCCCAUGCUAGAUAUUGUAAUUCCAGGAUGAGACUCUCAUGUAGAUCUAUUGCGAUUAUCGGCGGGGGUCCAGCAGGUAUCACGGCAGCAAAGUAUCUAGAGGCCGAACGAAUAUUUUCGAAGGUCACGGUUUUCGAGCAACGAUCGACGGUGGGCGGCGUUUGGAAUUACACUUCACAAGAGAAGACAUCGAAACCUGUUCCCGUUCCAUCCACUGACGCAAGAGUCGGUGCUGAGAAGCCAGUAUGGCGGCAAAAAUGUCACAAUCCAACUGAAGGUCAUCAAAAGAGCUCGGAGAAUGAAGAAGUUUCAGUACCGGAGUCUCAUAAAGACGCACAUGGCACAUCGAACGCUGACCCCGUGUUUGUCAGUCCCAUGUACUCGUCCUUAACCACGAAUCUCCCCAAGCAGUUGAUGCGAUUUUCCGACCACGCGUUCCCCACGACGGCGCAAAUCUUCCCUCCGCACGAAAUCGUCAAGGACUACUUGGCCUCGUACGCAGAAAGCGUGACGGAUCGGAUCCGUUUUCGGACGCAGGUGAUUGACGUAUGGAAAGACAAUCCAGGGGACGCCCAGUCGCCGUGGCUCGUCGUGUCUAUGCCGUUGGACACGGGGAAAAUAGUGCGCGAGGAGUACGAUGCCGUGAUCGUUGCCUCGGGGCACUUUGCUACGCCGUUCAUCCCGAACUUGCCCGGCAUUGAGGAGUGGCAGGAGGUGCAUCCGGGGACGAUAUACCACUCGAAAUACUACGAUCAGCCCCAGGAGUUUAAGAAGAAUCGAGUUUUGGUCAUUGGAGCGAGCGCUUCGGGACUUGAUAUCGUCGGUCAAAUCGCGUCGGUAAACGAGAGGAGCGUUUUGCUGGCGUCUAAUCAUCCCCUCGAUAAAGUCCCGAUUAGAUUCAAGGAUAAUACUACGACCCAUGCGGGACUCGUGUCCGUAGAUCCCGUGGGCAGAACGGUGAGGUUCUCAGAUGGCGAAGAAGCGAAGGAUAUCGAUGUUCUACUCUUCGCAACAGGCUAUCUCUACACCCUUUCCUUCCUCUCCAGGCUGGAUCCGGCGGCCAUCACUCCCGCAGGGCGGCGGGUUCAGAGGACCUUCGAACACCUAUUCUACUGGCCCGACCCGACGCUUUCCUUCCUCGCGUUGCCUCAACGCGUGGUGCCUUUUCCCCUAUCGGAAGCGCAGGCUUCCGUAGUGGCUCGAGUCUAUGCAGGCAGAUUGGACACCCCAAGCCAGGAGGCGAUGAAGAAGUGGGAAGACGAUAGGAUCGAGCAGCGAGGGGAAGGGGAGUCUUUCCAUCUGAUGCCCUUCCCUGAGGACUUGGAGUAUAUCAACCAAAUGGUGGAUUGGGCGGCACAUGCGGAUAAACGGGAGGGCUUGGAAAAUGAUGGGUUGGGGAAGCAGGCGGAGCGGUGGGAGGAUAGGCAGCGGUGGAUGAGGGCAAAUGUUCUCGGACUCCGGAAAGCCUUUGAGGCUAAAGGGGAAGAGAAGGGUUCAUACACUAACCUUAGUGAACUCGGCUUAGAAGACGAAGGGAAUGGGAGCAUUGUUGGAGGCUGAGCUUCCAUAAUCUUAGAAACAUGCUCUCAUUCUCUA